AUGAUUGCCAUCGGCCUUGAAGGCUCAGCCAACAAAAUCGGCGUGGGCAUUAUGCUCCAUCCGAAAAAUGGCGGCCCCGCUCAAGUCCUCGCAAAUGUCAGGCAUACCUAUAACGCGCCACCAGGGGAAGGGUUUUUACCCAAAGAUACAGCUCAGCAUCAUCGCGCAUGGGUUGUGAAGCUGGUUAAGCAGGCUCUUGUAGAGGCAAGAAUAUCGGUGGAUGAUGUGGACUGUAUUUGCUACACCAAGGGCCCUGGUAUGGGAGCCCCGCUUCAGAGCACAGCUGUCGCGGCACGCAUGUUGAGUCUUUUAUGGGGGAAGGACUUGGUUGGUGUGAAUCAUUGUGUUGGACAUAUUGAGAUGGGACGACAAGUUACAGGGGCCACAAACCCCGUGGUUUUAUAUGUGUCCGGGGGUAAUACACAGGUCAUAGCAUAUAGCUCGAAACGAUAUCGCAUAUUUGGAGAAACACUCGACAUAGCUGUCGGAAACUGCUUGGACAGAUUCGCACGCACACUAUGUAUUCCAAACGACCCAGCACCGGGCUAUAAUAUCGAACAACUUGCCAAGAAGGGAAAACGUUUAGUCGAAAUGCCCUACACCGUCAAAGGGAUGGAUUGCUCCUUUUCAGGCAUCCUAGCACAUGUGGAUGGAUUAGCAACAUCUCUGGGUCUCAGUGGACAUGCUGCUGCUGCCUUGGAUGAGUUGGAUCAAACAGACUCAAACGGCGAUGCAGAUGCUAGCGACAAGAUUACCCGCGCGGAUUUGUGCUUCUCGUUACAAGAAACGAUAUAUGCCAUGCUGGUUGAAAUCACCGAACGAGCGAUGGCACAUGUCGGUGCACAGGAUGUUCUUAUAGUUGGUGGUGUUGGAUGCAAUGAGAGACUGCAGGAGAUGAUGUCUCUGAUGGCACGGGACCGAGGUGGCUACUUGUAUGCCACAGAUGAGCGCUAUUGCAUUGACAAUGGUAUCAUGAUUGCCCAGGCUGGUUUGAUGGCACAUGGCUGCGGUUUCAAAACGCCCAUUGAGGAAUCAACAUGCACACAAAGAUUCCGAACGGACGCCGUUUAUGUUGAUUGGCGAGACUGA